GGAGGACGCCGCGCGCGCGGCGAGAGAGGCCGCGGGGAAGUUCACGUCCUGGGCCUCGGGCGCGGCGUCGCGAGCGAGGGAGGCGUCCGGCGGCAAGAUCCCGCCGCUCCCGCCGCGCGCGAGCUCCGCGAUGCAGACGAUCGCGAACGCGUUCAAGGAGGAAUACCGCCUCGCGAUGAUGGACCCGGGGGACGCCGCGGAGGAGCGACGGAAGCAGCGCCCGGGGUACGUCGCGCCGGGGCCGAUGGAGGAGGGCGACGGCACGACCGCGGUCGCGGUCCGAACGCAGACCAAGUCGACGUUCGCCAAGGGAUGGGAAGCGAUCGCGACCAAGACUGGGCUCACGUCCGUCUUCUCGAAACUGCAAGGGCUGAAGCGCACGCCGGCGUAUCAGAAGACCGAGGACGCGCUCGAGGACCUGAGGGAGCGGUGGGAGACGUCGGAGAACCCGAUGGUGCACAAGAUCCAGGACUCCGUGGACGGCUUCUUCCAGGAGACGGAGCAAGGCGAGGCGUACCGCGCGAUUCGCGCGCGGGCGCCGACGUUCAACAUCAACGAUUUUCUCGCCGAGGUGCGACGAGACGUGCCCAAGAUUCUCGGCGCGUACCUCAAGGGCGACGUCGACGCGCUGGCGAUGACCAAUGUGAGUAACGAGAUGAUGGAGCGGAUGAGCGGGCAAAUGCGCGCGUGGGAGGCGGAGCAGAAGUUUGUGGAUCCGCGCGUCCUCCACCUCGGCGACGUGGAGCUCGUGGAGACGCGGAUGAUGGAGGGCGCGCCGCUCGUCGUGACGCAGUUCCAGUGCCAGCAGAUCAACUGCGUGAGGGACGCGAGCGGAGUGAUCGUGGAGGGCGCGGAGGAUGAUAUACAGGCGGUGCAUUAUCUGUGGGCGAUGCAGCUCGUGGAUAAGGAGCUCGUCGCCGCGGACGGACGGAAGUACGUCGCGCCGACGUGGGUGCUGCGAGAGAUGAUGCUGCGGGGGAUGAUGGCUGUGGCGGCGUGA